AUGGCGGAUUUGCCAUCACCAUCCUCAUUCGGCACUGAGCCGUUGCGAAUAGUUAUUAGGGAAGGCGAUGAAACUGCAGGUUCGGGAUAUGAUUACGUCUCAAGUUCAUCUCCGCCACAACUUUCUAAAAAUGCGAUGGAUCCGCAACAAGCUUACGUUUUAGGUAUUCUAUUUUUGUUUCAAGGUUGUGGUAUUUUUUGA